AUGUCUCAACCGUCGAAGAAGCAACGGUCUCCCCGCAAAUCAAUCAGCAGCAACAAUGCAUGGAAGAAAGUAGUGGAUACUGGACGCACUUUGGAGAUUCUUCGGUGCUUAAGGCGGAACGACCAGAGGCGUGUCGCUGAGGCUGUUGCGUUGUUGAAGCAGGUGCAAAGUUCCCUUAAACGUCAAAAGUAUCAGCUCUUUCUCCAUGAUGUGCUUUCCAGAUGCGGGCCGCAUGGUUUUCUGUUAUGUGCCAUCGCCUUGGGCCAAACCACGGUGGUCGGCAUGAGGAAGAGCGAUCGGGCCACUCUCGUUGAUGAACUCGAAAAGAGGAAAGAUCAGCCACCGAUUAAUCAUCCAAUUUUUCGAUCCCUCGCAAAGCGCCAGAAAAUACCCGAUUCUGCAGAAGCUCGUCAGGGACGUAAUGUGGAAGCCGAGCGAGAUUCCACAUCCAUUUCGACCUGUCGCACGAACGCACUUCCUACAGAAACGCAUAAACGUUCGGCGCACGAAGGCUCCCCGAACAAUUCAAAUGUUACCACCGCGCAAGAAGUGUUUGAACACGCCUCGCUAGAAGGGAUCGCGACGGUCUUUGACCAGUACAUUUGCGGUGCAAUCAGAAGAGACCCGAUUCAGAUUGAUAGGAUAACGUUUUGGAGAGCAUCCGUUACGACUGUCUUUCCUCUUUGGGGAGGACCGGUCGACUGUCUCCUGAGUCUGGAUAUCUGUGAAUGGGGUGUGGAAUACCUUGCGAUGGCUCUGUUCAAUGCAAAAGUAAAAUGGGUCGAACAGGUUCUUCAUAUUGUCCUAAACGAAGGGAUCACACUAAUCGUACCUAACUCCGAAGCUACUCUAAAGGGUGUUCGGGAUGAAGCUCUCAUUAUGGUGUUUGGUUCCGAUAUACAUAAGGCAAUCAACGAAAGCCCCGUUCACAGGAGGGAAUUGGAGGAAGGCAAGCAUGUGACGGAAUAUAUCCUCUCCAGUAAUGACUUUCCCUCGAGUAACGUACAGCCUAGUAUCGUCCCCUACGACUCCUUGCCCGUCAGGCAUGCCAACAAGCUUCCUUGUCUGCACGCUCCCAAAAUCCACGGUGGGUUUAAAUACGUUGGACACAAUCCGCAGAAGGAAUACGAGGCUACCCCUCGAGUUAAGCGCUUGCGAAUCAAAAAGCCGGAUCAAAAGGUCGGAUCAAGGGCAGAUUGCGCUGAUAGAAGUGAAUUCGGAGCAGACGACGUGGUUGUCGAUAUGAUCACCGUGAACUGUGCCGAUGGAGCUUUUGUUUUCCCUUUCAUUUUUCCCUUGCAAGCACAAGACUUGGAUCGCUCAGACAACAUGGUCUGUGAUGAUCGCGACAUCGUCGCAAAGCAUCCGUUAAGUGACUCGAUAGAUCGUUUACAACGUCAACUUCGAGGGGCAGAACAAGCGUACGAUGUCUCAGCUAACCCACAAGACGAAAUUUGCCACAGGGCAAUUUCAAAGCUUCUCACCACUUUGAUGGGAGAGGAAGCCGCGUUCAACCUUCGCUCACGCGUAAGCGAUCAAAAUGUCGACUCUGACCUAGCAGGUCUAUUCAAGCGUCUCAGACAAGGUCACUUCAACUACCACUACUAUCGAGCGUUGGCGCAGCUCGUCAUCCAAAAAGCACCGGACAUUAAUAUCUGGAAGGCCGUCCUCAACCUCACCGUUACCAUCUCACGAUCGACCCCUCCAGCGAGCGUACCGCCCUCCUUUGACGGCACGCCAGUCAAAUCCACCUCGUCAUCGCAGAAAGGUUCCGAGCAGACGCGUGAGUUGGUGAAUCCGAGAAUCUUUGAGGAGAUACGUGGCUGCACAUUUCGAGACGUCGAGGGCUUCUUCGACAAGUACUUUGAGGGAAAAGACUGGAGCGACAAAGCAGAUGCCAUCUGUCGACGCGUGCUGGCCCCAGACAGCGAUGGGAAUUGGGCCCAGUUUCCUGAUCCUCCUACGCAGGACGAUGUCCUUGCCUGGUGGUUUCGUCUUCAAGAAGACCUUCUCUCGGAAUCACGCGGCACCUACUACACCACGGGUGAGCAAAGCGGAUCUUACCGGUUCGAAUGCGGAACGGGCAAGUCGACCUCCCUUCUGAGAGCUAGCGGGAGCGAGCCUCCUCGCGGAAACCCACACGAACUGGAGAGACAUCCUAGUUUGUUGGCCGAGCUCAAAAAACCAAAGGAGAAGAUUGAGACCAAAACCACACUGCUGCAGAUGAGCCGCUGCGUGCGCGAGGUCUUCGCUGCGCAGCCCACCCGGCGGUUCGUCCACGCGUUCGCCGUCUGCGGGACCAAGAUGGAGGCGUGGGUGUUUGACCGCUCGGGCCCCUACAGCUCGGGUAUCAUCGACGUCUACGCGGACUCGAGACGAUUCUUUCAGGUGAUUGUGGGCUACACCAUGAUGAGCGACGAGGAGCUGGGACUGGACACCUUUAUUGCUAGGGAUGAAGGCGGCAGCAAAUCAAUAACCGUCAAAGGGCCUGGGAUCUCGGAGGAAAAGGUGCUGCGGCUGGGUGAAAUGCUUUCCUUUCAGCGUGCCAUCGUGUGUCGCGGGACAACAUGUUUUCUCGCAAACGAUGGACAAGUGGAGGGCGUAGCCAAAUUCUCGUGGGUGUCGGACAAGCGGCGGCCGGAGGCGGAACUCCUCGAGCUAGCGGGUCAAAAAAAUGUCCAAGGGGUCGCCAGGAUCAUUGGCCAUAGUGUCAUCACUAGUAUCGCCGACGUACGCUGCGGCCUGACCUUCGGCGACAAGCGACACGACUUCAAAAGCGCACCCCCCAGUGCGGCCUCCUCAUUUCAUCAAUCUCAGCCGCUCACCGAGCUCCGUAGCUUAGGUCGAAAGUCGUCUUCCAGGAAACGCAGAUCUCCGGAUAAAGGGAUGCAGGCAUCCAAACGAUCGCGCUCCAUCAAUCAACCGUCGAGGGACAACCAGCAGGAGAAUGAACUAGCUUUCUCCGUUCAGUCGGCGCACAAGCCAAGCCUCUUCGACAGGAAUGGCGAGGAACCCUACGACAACCGCGUCCUCCGCUGUCUGGUGAUCUCGCCCGCUGGGCGGCCGAUCUACAAGUACGAGUCACUCUUAGAACUGCUCACGGCGCUUCGCGAUGCAAUAAAGGCGCAUCGGUCUCUUUACCUGGAUGGGAGCAUCCUACAUCGGGAUAUUUCGGAGAACAACAUAAUAAUAACCGAUCCGGAAAAGGCGGAUGGUCACUCCGGCAUGCUAAUCGAUCUGGAUCUUGCCAAGGAAGUCGGUAGCGGGCGAAGCGGCGCACGGCACCAGACCGGCACGAUGGAGUUCAUGGCGAUCGAGGUGCUGCUUAAUAUCGACCACACCUAUCGACAUGAUCUUGAGUCGUUUUUCUACGUGCUUAUCUGGCAGUGUGCCCGUCACGGUUGGGAAAAAUUAAAUGAGCUACAGAGACAGGGACAGGACCCGCCCAAAGACAGCAUGCUGAGAGAAUGGUAUACCGGAACUUAUAAGAAAAUUGCAACUUAUAAACGAGGUAACAUGGAAGCUGGCGGAUUUGAGUACCUUUUGCAGGAGUUUCCGCCGGACUUCGAGCGCGUCAAGCAUCUUUGCAAGACCAUACGAGGCGUACUAUUUCCUUACGGGAAGGAAGGACUUAUUGUUGGAACGCCUCAGGACCCAAAAAGGUUAUAUGAUCCUAUUAUUAAAGCGUAUGAUGAUACGAUAGCUCUGAUUGAAACCUAA